AUGAAAAAAAAACAUGUUAAACUUUCCGUUAAAGACGUUAGCGGACAUGUUUUUGUAAGAGGUCUUUCUCAGUUACUUAAAAAAAAUGCCGUCGUUAAGCCUCCCGAUUGGGUUGAUGUUGUUAAAUUGAAUAUCUCAAAUGAAUUAGGCCCCUAUGAUCCUGAUUGGUUUUACGUGAGGUGUGCGGCAAUCCUCAGACAUAUAUAUAUCCGACCGACUGGAAUGAAAGGCCUUACUAAGGCUUUUUCUCGGAGGAAAAGAAACGGUGUCAGGCCAAGUCAUCGCUCCCUUGCUAGCCAAACGGUUAUUCGAAAAGCCCUGCAACAAUUAGAAAAUGCUGGCUUCGUUGCUAAGUCUAAGAAUGGUGGUCGUAUGAUUACCAGCGAGGGAUACAAGCAAAUGGAUAUUCUUGCUUAUGAAAUACACAAGGCUGAAAGGCUUUCUUCCUAA